GCGUGCCCCCAUUGUGAAUGGAUUUUAUAAACAGCUGGCUUCAGUUUGGAGUGCAUUUUCGGCGUUUAAUUGUAAAAUAUAAAUAAGAAUCUUAAUUUUAUUUCAUAAAAUACCGAUGGCUAUUACCUUUUAAUAGCAAACGCACCACAAUGGAUUCCUCGUCUUGCUGUUUACUCUGCAUGUGCGAGUAUCAGGAGAUGAUGGCCGACUACAUAGAUGUGCAUUCCGCCAGGGGAACGCAACUGGAAAUAGCCCGCAUUGUGGGCCAGCACUUCCCGCUACAGAUAUGCCUAGCCAGUAACGAAAGGAUCUGCGGACGCUGCUGGAAAACGGUCUCCGACUUCCAUGCCCUCCACGAAUUCGUCAGCGCUGCUCAAAACUCAUUGCAGGAAACAAAGGUGCUGCUCAUGGAGGAUGAUCCUUUAACCCAGGCCGCCCCCGUCUAUACUGACGUUCCGAAAUUGGCAGUCGAACAGGUAGAACAGGUGCAGGCUCCGUCAGAAGUCGCUGGACGAAGCUUCUUCUAUCCGGAAGUGAAGAUAGAGGAGCACGAACUGGACCACCUACCUAGGAUAGAGAUUCUUGAGGGCGCAAGCAGCACGCAAGGUAACCAAGAUCAAUUGGAUGGAACGACCCGACGGCUAAGGAAACGCGUAAAAGCCGAAGAAGGAUCAAUUACAGAGCAAGAGAAGUAUGAAGAGCCUCUAGAGAGCUUGGAGUUGGAGCCUUCGCCGCCCAAGAAAAAGCGAGGACGUCCCCGCAAGGCAGACACCGCUAGCGCUACGCUCACAUCCACAGUGAUUGCCAUUCCGGACAAACCGAAAGAGGACACUGAAGUAACUCUCAAAUCAGAGGAGAUAGAGGAAUUUAUAGACGACGACCCAGAUUUCUCUUGCAAUUUGGACGAUGGCCAGGCGCCAAGUGAUAAUUCCUCUGACGACAACUUUGGCAGUAAUGAUUUCGAUACAGAUUCGGACUUUGAGUUGGACAGCCAUGCAAAACAGGAGUUUGCGGUGCUACCCAAGCGGACUGUGGUGCGACCCAAGAAGUACAAGAAGCGUACGAAACCGGCGGAGCCUAAGGUGCGCAUGUCCCGUGAACUGUUGGAGCAGCGCAAGAAGCAGCAGGAGGAGUACGACGGCAUUAUUGCAAAGUUCUUUACCGACGUACUGCCGUGCUCGAUCUGCAACUUGCUGGUGCACAACUUCACCGAGAUGCAACGCCACCACCGACUGUCCCAUCAGGUGGAUCCUGGUUAUAUGAUGUGUUGUGGCCGAAAGUUCACGCAGCGCAAAGUAUUGGCCGAGCAUGUCCUGGUCCACUGGAAUCCGGAUCACUUCAAGUGUACCGUGUGCGAGAAGUCGUUCCAGAACUCACGGCACCUAGAGUCUCACCAACAAGUCCACAUGGAUCCGGCCAUUAAGUUGACCUUCAGUUGCGACAUUUGCGAGAAAACCUUCCUCAGUAAAACGGCCAUCGACUACCACAAGCUGAACAAGCAUGUCCCCAAGUCGGAAUUCAAAUUCACGUGUUCAGAGUGCAAUAAGAAAUUCCUCACUGAGCGCAAGCUGAAGAACCACAUGAGUUCGAUGCACGACCCGGAAAGUACGAUCAUCUGCGACAAGUGCGGAAAACAGAUGCGCACUAAAAUCAUUUUGAAAAAGCACCAGGAACUGAUGCAUUCUGACAAACCGCGCCCGGAGCCCGAGCUGAAGCAGUGCCAGAUCUGCGGGGCCUGGCUUAAGGGCAUGACAGGACUCAAGCAGCACAUGAAGAGCAUUCACGUGGAGAGCGCGGGCGAGCAUCGCUGUCCCAUUUGCAGUAAGGUGUCGCCGAAUGCGCGGGCAUUGAGGCGCCACAUAUACCACAACCAUGAGUGCGAGCGAAAGUUCAAGUGUACCAUGUGUGAGAAGGCCUUUAAGCGGCCGCAGGAACUGAAGGAACACACGUCCACUCACACCGGUGAGGUGCUGUACACCUGCCCCAACUGUCCGAUGACCUUCUUCUGCAGCGCCAAUAUGUACAAGCAUCGCCAGCGACUGCAUCGCGCACAAUACGAGGCGGAUAAGAACCAGCCGAAGCCGCCAAACAUUCUGAAGAUCUCGCGCAUCGCUUCAUCCCAGAACAAAUCCAAACAGGACAUUUAGCAUCUUAAAGGACCCGAUUAAGAUCAUCAAUCAUGUUCCGGUUUACAUUUUCAUCAAAUUCGAUGUCCACAUUGCAAUACCAUUAGUUUUUAAAUGAUUUUCCGCUUCAAAUAAAGCAUUUAUACCGACCGACCAACAAUAUACAUUGAUCGACCCAGAAAAAUUGCUAAAAUAGAAAACCAGAGCAUGUUUAAACACAUUAUUUUUAAGCAGAAAGUAUUGAGAAAUAAAUUCGUAAAGUGGAACACCAAUCCAUUAAAAAUUGAUAACAAAACAAAGUUGGGAAUGUCUUUCUUUCUUUAUAAUUAUUUACAAGGAUGGCUUAAUUGCACCUUAUAUAACGCAAUGACAUUUACAUUGUUUCUUUAGUUUCAUUUCGUUUUACACAUAUUAUGCAUAUAACUUUAAAAUAUUUAUAUAUAGAUACUGUAUCUCUCACGUUUCACUUAACUCGGUACAGGAUUCUCAAUUUAGCAAAUAGGAAAACUGAAAAACUUUACAUACGAAUAUUAUUGUUCAUUUCUCAUCGCUGCUGCUGCUGGUGGAUUAGUUUAUCUUUUCAGUUUUUUUUUAUUCAAGGGUUAACACACACGCGGGUUAAAGAUUGCGUUCCAUUUUGGAGACAAAACAACAAGCAGAAUCUCUGCAAGAUUCUCCUCAGCGAUUAGUGGUAAUGAUUUUAUAUAAAAUUUCGAUAUCUAGGCAACAUUUAUAAAUACAAUACUUGCGUUAUUUAAUUGUUUGUCUUUCGAAAACGUAUAAGUUGCAUCAACAAUUAGUUAUUGGAUUUGCGACACCAUUUUUGGGAGGCUUAAGUAUAUGUAUUUUGGGCCUGGUUUGUUUGUUUUUUGUUAGUCACAGAUACAGAUACCAAGUAGAGCACAAGCACGAGACGAAACGGUUUUCAAAAAUAAUAUGUAACUCAUGUGUUUAUUGUAAAGCUACCAAAAAAAACAAACGAGAACAAAAAAGAUAAAGUAAGCUCUAGCGAAGCCUUAGCGACAAUGUGUGUAAAUUUGGCUAGACGGAUUAAACAUUCUGUUCAUUUAUCAUUUCAUAAUCAUAGUAAGGCAUUAGAACAACGUAAAAUACUGUUUAGCGAACUGAAGAGGGGACAAAGAACGAUCGAAUUCUUCUACAAGAUCUUGGGGGGUGAUUGCAAACGAGUUUGGUUUUUGUUGACGCGCAUCUCGAACCGGAGCCGGGGAGUAGAUGAUUUCAAAACAGAUUUCAGCAACGCGUAACAUAAAUAACAA